AUGAAGCUCCUUUAUCCUAUCUUUGCCAGCCUCAUGCUACAGUACCAGGUGAAUACAGAAUUCACUGGUUUGAGAAGAUGUUUAAUGGGUUUGGGGAGAUGCAAAGACCAUUGUGCUGUGGAUGAAAAAGAAGUACAGAAAUGCAAGAAGAAAAAUUGUUGUGCUGGACAAAAAGCGAUUCAAUUGAUAGAAUACUAUUUGCAAAAUGAAAUAUCCCAUAUGUUUGGAGAGAACUCCCCAGAACUACUGAAAACUACCAAGACUUCUAGGGCUCUGAAACAAACAAAAUACCGUAUUUUACCUCUUCCCCCCAAAAUCAAAAGCCCUCUUGCUAAAGUCAACACCAUCAUCUCAAAUGCCAACGCUGUGAACUCUGCCACCACCAACCCCGUGAUCUCAGGAAAGAUUAUAUACCCGGCUGCUUCCACUAACAGUGACUCCAAAAGAAGCAGAGGUUCAGCCACUGACUCCUCACCACCAGCACCACCACCAUAG